AUGCCAGGAUCCAAGGCCCCAUCUGACAACAAGAGCUACGUCUCCCACCGAAGCGGUGCCUCCCAUCGAACCGGUGCCUCUCAUCGAACCAGUGCCUCCCAUCGAAGCAAUGCCCUCACCCAAGCCAACCUUAGCGCAUUGGGCAGUGCAAACUCCAGGAGCGGUGCGAGCCAGGUGAGCAGGGCAAGCACCAAGAGACCCGGAGGCAACAUCAGCCAGUUGAGCAGUGUAACCCCUGCCGACAGCGUGAGCCAAGUGACCAGCCGCGCGGGUUACGGGGGUAACGGAAGUCAUGUUAGUGCUGCGAUCCCAGGAAGCCGUGGGAGUGUUGCGGGUAGCAUGGGCCAGGGAAGCCGUGUUAGUGCUGCGCCCUCACGAUACUAUGGGAGUGCUGUGAGUGGCAUGGGCCAGGGAAGUCGUGCUAUGGUUGCGAUCCCAGAAAGCCGUGUUAGUGCUGCGCCCUCACAAUACUAUGGGAGUGCUGUUCCGUACGUCUAUGUGCCCACCCAGGUUGCCAGAAUCCUGCUACACACCCAGAAUGCCCUGGCUGUGUUGCAGACCGCCAACGCCAAUAUCGUGGUAAUGGGGGGUGUUCGGGGUGUUAAAACUGAAACGAUGGGGGGAAAGUGGCGACAUAAGUUGAAGGCACUCAAGGAAGAAUACGAUGCUUUGCGCGAGUACCAGAUGGUGAGAUUUGGGAAAGACAACGGGGUUAAAGGCGAGAGACAAGGCAUUAGGUGGCUUUAUCUUUAUUUGGCAGAGUCUAGCACAACUUAA